AUGGCACCGCCUAAAGGUGACACAAAACCACCAGCGCCAGGGGACCACGGACAAGCAGAUAAAGACAAUACCAAACCACCAGCUCCACCAGACGACCAUAGUCAAACAGCUAAAGAUACUAUCAAACCACCAGCCCAAGGCAAUAACAAUCCGAGUCAGACAACUAAAGAUGACACCAAGCCCCAAGGCAAUAAUAAUAAUGCAUCGGGAACAGACAAUGCCAAUACAGGGAAAGGUGCCCCUCCGCCGGUCCCACCGCAAACAAGCACUAAAGGCGAUACUCCUCAAAAACUCUCCGAAGUCCUGAAAGUGUGCACUCUUCAGUCGGUAGGGACUCCAGACAAAGUCAUUGCAACUAUACCCAUGAGCAAUUUCGACAAAACCACCAAAUUGAGCGAUGUGAGAACAAAACUACACGAUAAAUUGGACAAGAAGCAGGUUUUCCAAUAUCAAGAUGCUUCGUCUGCAGAGGAAACAGAGCUACUUUUUACCUACAUUAGAACCGUCAAUGAGACCAUUGACCAGAAAAAUGCCGACGUCCCAAUUCCUUGUAGGUUGUUUGUCUCUCGGCCAGGAUUGACUGCCGCAAAUGACCCGACAACUUCUUUGUUGGACGGAUCAUUCUCAAUGAAAAUCAUGGAGUGGCAGACCAAGUCUGGCGAGGAGGCGAAGAGUGGUCUGACCAGCUCUGGAACAAUGCUUUCUCAGCAGCUAGGCACCAAGCCAGCAGCGAAAGACUUGACUCUAGCACAACUAAGGACCAAGAUACGCCAAGUCACCUCCAUGUCAACAUCGGCCAAGAUACAUCAAUUUUGCACGCCAAGUGGGUCUACGGUAGCUGACGAUACAACAACUUUUGCGGAUUAUUUGCGCUUGGGAGGAGAUUUCAGUGACAAGCUUAACGACAAACUCGAUCUCCCAUCAGUCAAUGUCGUUUACAAGGUUGCAUCCUUGACAAAUCAACCCAAGGUUGAUCUUAAGACGCUCCCGGGCGCGUUCAGUGCCGACUCGUCAAAGCUGCCCAUCGCUAAGGGAACAUCCAAGAAUUAUAAGUUGUCCGACGGCCAAAGGGUUGCGAAAGCUACUGAGCUUGGAAAACCUCGAGCGACCCUGGGCGAUGACAAGACUUGGACUCCUACAAGUGGUGCAGCUGAGACUGAGUAA